AGGAGGACACACAGAGCCAAAGGGUUCCAGGGAGUCAACAACUGCCACUGCUGAAGCUGCAAAAUAUGCCUGAACAUUUGCCUAAGUCCCUCUUGGCAUCACAUGCUUGUCUGGGCGGUGACGUCAAGGAGGAGGAGGAGUCUGAGGUGCCACAAACGGAUCAUAUGAAAGCCAUUCCUUCUGGAAUCUGGAGACAUUGCUUCCAAACAAGGAUUAUCCUUUAACUUCAGCAACCAGCUCUACAAUGAGAGUUAUUUGCAUAUUUCUUCUCUUUGCAGUGGGGAUUUUCUGUACCUCAGGCCAUGCAGAAACUGAUGGUGGUAUCAAUGCGGUAAAAGAGCCAGCCUGUGAGCGUUAUCAUCUACCAGGAUGCCCUAGAAUUUUUGAUCCUGUCUGUGGCACAGACCAAAUAACAUAUAGCAAUGAGUGUCUCCUUUGCAGUAGCAACCUGGAAAAGAAUGUACAAGUCAAAAUUAAGAAGUCUGGAGUUUGCUGAACAUGUACCAUUCCCCUGAAGAAUUUUGGAGUGGGCUUUCUAGGUGCUUCUGAUGAAGAUGCACAGAGUUUAUAAAUGUUCAUUAAUUUUUCAGAUUUUAUAGUCAAUAAAAUAAAAGCAUUGCA